GGUAAUGUAAACAAACAAGCAAAAGCCUCUGCCUUAGCCUUUUCCCUUCAUCUCUUGCUCCUUCACUCACUCUCGAUCUCAGAGACACGAAACCAAAAAAGCUUUCUUCUCUUCCUAAAGGCUUUAAAUCCACAACAAGCAAUCAAAAAAAGUUUCUCUGUCAAAUCUCUCCAAAGCCCUCUCUAACUUGGCUUUUUUCUACUGCGCUCGCUCCGUGCCUCCGUCGUCUCCUUCUUCUUACGUAAUCUCGAAGUCGGUUGUUGUUUCAAUCCUGCCAUGGCCGAAGGGAAGUUCGAUCUGCCUGACGAUCUCGUCUUUUCCAAAUCUUCUGAUCACUUGAAAGAAUUGGCCUCAGAUAACAACAUUCCUUUGUCUCCCCAGUGGCUUUACACGAAAUCAAGCGAUAGCAAGAUGGAUGUUCGAUCUCCUACUCCUGUGCCCAUGGGAAACCCAAGUGACCCUAAUCUCAAGGAUGCAUGGCGCUUGGAUGCACCCGAAGACAAAAAGGACUGGAGGAAAAUUGUUCCUGAGAAUGAAACUAGUCGCAGAUGGCGUGAAGAGGAAAGAGAAACUGGUUUACUCGGUGUCAGGAAAGCUGAUCGAAGAAAAACUGAACGUCGCAUUGACAAUGUCCCAACUACUAGAGAAACUGGUGACACUAAAACCACUGCUUCUUCUGAUAGGUGGCAUGAUGUUACUUCUCGUGCUGCUGUACAUGAACCUCGCCGCGACAACAAAUGGUCAUCUCGCUGGGGUCCUGAUGACAAAGAGAAAGAAACCCGUUCUGAGAAGGUAGAUAAUAAUAACAAGGACAAGGAAGAGCCUCAUAGUGAAAGCCAAUCUGUGGUUAGCAGCAUCCGUGCUACUUCUGAACGGGACUCUGACCCUCGUGACAAAUGGAGGCCACGUCAUAGGAUGGAAGCCCAGUCUGCUGGACCGACUUCUUAUCGCGCUGCACCUGGCUUUGGACUUGAUAGAGGACGUGCCGAGGGCCCGAAUCUAGGUUUCACUGUGGGCCGAGGAAGAGCAUCUGCAGUUGGGAGGGGUUCGUCAACCUCCUCAAUUGGUGCUGCUGCAUGUACUUUUUUAGGAAAUGAAAGUAUUCCUGGUAAACAAAGCGCUUCAGCCUCUAUGUUUCGGUAUCCAAGGGGUAAGUUGCUUGACUUGUAUAGAACACAGAAGCCUGAUUCUUCCCUAGGUAGGAUACCGAGUGAGAUGGAGGAAGUUGCCUCCAUUACUCAAGUGGCUUUGAUCAAUCCUCUUGCUUUUAUUGCACCUGAUGCCGACGAAGAGGCAAGCCUUAACGGCAUAUGGAAGGGAAGGAUCAUUAGUAGCGAAGUUUACACUCCAUCUGAGGAAGAAUCCUCAGGUGAAAACAGCAUGGGUGAAACAAGAGCGGAUAGUUCUUUGGUAGGGUUUGUGAAUGGUGACAAUGUUUCCAUGCAAAAUAGUGAUUCUGGGUUACUUGGUAGUCAAAAUGGAGGUCUGGGGGGUGCGUCAAGCGUCUCAAGGAAUUCAGUGGCUUCUGAGAGUUAUGGACCUGUUGGAGCUGAUUAUCAACUUUCUCAUGGAAGUCCUGAAGCGGUUAGAUCCGCUUUUACUAAAUCAGCUGCGCUGGAUGGGAGUGAAUCCGUUGUUGCCUCUUUCGAGCAAGAUUAUAUGGGCAAGCUGCAGCAACCAGAUAUUGAAGUGAAUCACUCAGAAGGGGCUAUGCCACCUGAGGAGUUUUUGUUCUUGUAUAUUGAUCCUCAAGGAGUAAUUCAGGGACCUUUCAUUGGUUCUGACAUUAUUUCAUGGUUUGAACAAGGGUUUUUUGGGACGGACCUACAGGUUCGCUUGGCAAAUGCUCCAGAAGGAACUCCUUUUCAAGAUCUAGGCAGGGUCAUGUCAUAUUUGAAGGCAGAAAGCAUCGAUGCGCAUAUCAGUGACCAAAAGAAUGAGUUAGAAGAGACUACUUUAAAAGCAGAUUCAGACGCUGGUUUAUCAAUUGCACCUGUAGCAGAAUCCAAUGAUUCAUCCUCUAUAACUGCCACGUCGCGUUCUUUUUCUGCGUAUAACAACCCUUCAGCUCAGGAUAAUUUUCAGAGAAUAUCUGAGUCUGAAGUUUAUGUGAAACCACCACAUGCUGAGGACCGAAGUUUCUUGGACUUCUCUGCCCAAGAUGAAGAAAUUGUAUUCCCAGGAAGAGCUGGAGGUUCUGGUUAUGCAUCAUCAAUAAAAUCUUCUACAAGUAUUCAUGAUGCUUUAAUGGAAUUUCCUGGCCAGUCUGCUAUUCCUGUUGAAUCAACUAAGGCUGCUACUCGUAAUCAGAAUGAGAAUACGCUGCACCCCUUUGGUGUAUUGUGGUCUGAACUAGAGAGCGGUAGUACACCAGUUAACCAUUUAUCAAACAGGUCUUAUGGUGCAAUGGAGGAGCUUACCAGUUCAAUAGACAACCGUCCCAUCAAUUCCCGAAGAAAUACACAAAUUGACCCCACCAUGUCCCUCGAUAGUCUGGCUGCUAACCGUAUGUCACAGUUUGAACAUGAAUCCAACUUCUUUAGCCAUGGGGAUCAACUUCCAUCAAAUCAACUUCACCAACAGCAAUUCCAGAAUCGGGAUAUGCUAUCACAAUUACAUUUAGGAGAUCAAGCUCAGGAUCUGGAGCAUUUAAUAGCUUUCCAGAUGCAGCAUCAACAGAAGAUGCAGUUGCAACAGCAGCAGAAGCUUCAAUUGCAACAGCAGCAGAAGAUUCAGUUGCAACAGCAUCAGCUACAACAAGAGCAUCAGUUACAUCAGAAGCUCUUACAGGAGCAACAGCAGUCCCAUGCUCGUCAAUUACAUUUUCAACAGAUUUUACAAGGACAGACUCCUGAUUCAAGGUUCGGGCAGUCACAUGACUUCCCUCGGUCCAACAGUGUUGAUCAGAUGUUGUUAGAGCAGCAUCUGAUGAAUGAAUUGCAAAAUAGUUCUGGCCAUCCGUCACAAAAUUUCGCACCAUACAAUGAGCAACUUGCCGGAGGCAAUUUUGGGCAGCUGUUACAUGAAGGCCACCAAAGGGAGCUGCUUGAACAGCUACUUUCAACACAAAAGCAAUCUCAAUAUGGACAAAUGCAAUCUCAACAUGGACAACUGCAAUCUGAUCCAAUACGGUCUUUGGAGUACCAGCUGCUUCAGCAAGAGCAGCUUAUGCAAUUGGCAAAUGGUGUGAGGCACAAUUCAUUACUGGAGGAACAGAGACAUAUUGACCCUCUGUGGCCGUCUGACCAUAAUGAUCAGCUUCUAAGAACUCAUUCUGGGAUCAACCGGUCGCGCUCUUCUGCAGGAUUUAGACCGUUAGAGUUUAAUCAACAUCAGCAGAGGCCACCCUUUGAGGAUCAGUUUGGUCAACUUGAGCGGAACCUUUCAUAUCAGCAACAACUUCGACAAGAAUUAUUCGAGCACGGUCUUCCAUUUGAGCGAUCAGCAUCGGGGAUUAAUCUGGAUGCAGUAAAUGGUCUUGGUCUCUCUCAGGGUCUUGAGUUGCGGGAUGCUACUGCCCAUAUGCAAUCUUCUGGCAGAUUGGGAAAUUCCACUCAUGGUUUCAACCAUCAGAAUCCCCGUUUACCAUUGGGUGAACCACAUUUUUCACAACUGGAACCAAUGGAAGGACGCUGGUCUGGAGCCGAUACACAGCUAGCUGGUGACUGGGCCGAAUCUCAAUUUCGUAGAUCAAAUAUGGAAACUGAACAUCAUCAAAUGAGGUCGGAAAUUAGAAGACAGGGUGAAGAUUCCAACUCUUGGAUGGUAGGUGGAUCGACAAACGACAAGUCAAAGCAGCUCUUUAUGGAGUUGCUUCACCAGAGACCCGGCCAUCAAUCUACUGAGUCACCAAGCAUGAACCUCGGGGAUACUUAUGACAGGAUGGCUCCUUCAGGCCUUACCCCAGGGAUUCAAACGCAUGGUGGCCUUGCGGACCAUGGUGGUAGUCUAAACGCUUCAUCUGCCUUUGGGGCUCGGUCAUUAUCUGAGGAACAGGUCAACAGAAUACCGGGAGAUAGGAACAAUAUGGGAUCGUUGCACCGUAAUAAUUCCUUGCUUUCUGGAAUUAUCGAUGGUGGACGGUCCACUCAGAAUGAAGGUCAAGCCUUUAGUAAUAUGUUUGCUAUGAACAAGGACGCAAAUGACAUCAAAACGUGGAACAAUGUGCCGCCAAAAAAUGAGGGAAUGGGAAGGAUGAUGUCAUUUGAAGCCCAAGACAGAAUGGGCAAGCAAGCAGUAUUAGACUCUCUGGUUCAAGGGGAGCUUCCUGUUGUUACGCGUGGCCAACAACAGUCUUCUUUCAAUAUCUCUGACCAAUACAGUGAUAACGUGGUUGGAGAAGAUAGAAGGAAAGAUAGGUUGGUAGUGCCAUCACAUGGGCAGGAAUCAGUUUUGUUAAAAAGGCCUCCUUCAUCCCAUUCUUCAUCAUCACAUGAAGGAUUGCUCGAGCGUAUGUCUGACACAGCUAGCAGGACAGCAAGUUCUUAUAGUGGGAUAGAAGGAGGUGUGAGACGGGAAUCAGGAGCAGCGGGAAACAAAGGGAUGACUGCAGAGCCGUCAUUCAGUGAGAUGUUGAAGAAGAGUAAUAGCAUGAAGAAGGUGGCGGUAGAGUCAACUAAUACAACCGAAGGAAGCAAAGGUGGAGGUGGGAAGAAGAAAGGGAAGAAAGGGAAGCAGAUAGAUCCAGCUCUUCUCGGUUUCAAAGUCACUAGCAAUCGAAUUCUUAUGGGCGAGAUCCACCGCGCUGAUGAUUUCUAACAUUUUUCGUUCUUCUGUACAAAUUCUUUUACAUGUAAAGAUUAGCUUCUCAUACUUAGGCGUAUAGCUCUUUUCCUGUCACGUUUCUUCAAUAUCACAUCAGAACACACAGGAAAUAAUAAUGUUCAUUUAGUUCAGAGAA